AUGGCUGAAAUUUCUGUACUACCUGCCAUUCAACCCGUCAGCAUCCUAACGGUUGCGGCCAGCCACUUCCGCAGCCACUGGAUGUGCCUCUACCACAUCUGCUCUCCCUACGCUUACCUGGUACAGCGUAGUAUUUACUGCGGCGGCCUCGGCGUGACUCAAGUUGAUAUGGAAGACGCGUUCGGGGUAACGCAGUGGUGGACCGGCGAGCUCGAGGAGGAAGUGUCGCGAAUGUUUCUUUUAGACCCUUCCGAAAGAAACAACGUCAUUCCUCCCACACAUAACCACGAGUACUUAGAUGUGUCUUUAGUCGACACCGGUGGGAUAACCCUAAAUGGAGUGGAAAGAGACGUAGAUGCCAGAGCUCCUUCGAUAGCUGAAUACGGUAAGAACGUUGUACUGUAA